CCGAGGGGAGGGGACAGCCAGGCAGGCAGGAAGCUGCGGCUUAAAAGGGCAGCCCGCGCUGGGCCCUUCCUCCCUCCGUCGCGGGGACUCCGAGCGCGCGUCUUCUGCGUCCCGCACGCACCUCGCCUCCGGCCGCCGCCAUGUACCGCUACCUGGGCGAAGCGCUGCUGCUGUCCCGGGCCGGGCCGGCCGCCCUGGGCUUGGCGGCCGCCGACUCGGCCGCUCUGCUGGGCCGGGCCCGCGGGCAGCCCGCCGCCGCCCCGCAGCCGGGGCUCGCACCGGCCGCCCGGCGCCACUACAGCGAUGCGGUGGCCGACCGCGAGGACGACCCUAACUUCUUCAAGAUGGUGGAGGGCUUCUUCGACCGCGGCGCCAGCAUCGUGGAGGACAAGUUGGUGGAGGACCUGAGGACCCGGGAGAGCGAGGAGCAGAAGCGGAACCGGGUGCGCGGCAUCCUGCGGAUCAUCAAGCCCUGCAACCAUGUGCUGAGCCUCUCCUUCCCCAUCCGGCGCGACGACGGCUCCUGGGAGGUCAUCGAGGGCUACCGGGCCCAGCACAGCCAGCACCGCACGCCCUGCAAGGGAGGUAUCCGUUACAGCACUGACGUGAGUGUAGAUGAAGUAAAAGCUUUGGCUUCUCUGAUGACAUACAAGUGUGCUGUGGUUGAUGUGCCAUUUGGGGGUGCUAAAGCCGGUGUUAAGAUCAAUCCCAAGAAUUAUACCGACAGUGAAUUAGAAAAGAUCACAAGGAGGUUCACCAUGGAGCUGGCAAAGAAGGGUUUUAUUGGUCCUGGCAUUGAUGUGCCUGCCCCGGACAUGAGCACAGGCGAGCGGGAGAUGUCCUGGAUCGCUGACACCUAUGCCAGCACCAUAGGGCACUAUGACAUUAAUGCACAUGCCUGUGUUACUGGUAAACCUAUCAGUCAAGGAGGUAUCCAUGGACGCAUCUCUGCUACUGGCCGUGGUGUUUUCCAUGGGAUUGAAAACUUCAUCAAUGAAGCUUCUUACAUGAGCAUUUUAGGAAUGACACCAGGAUUUGGAGAUAAAACAUUUGUUGUUCAGGGAUUUGGUAACGUGGGCCUGCACUCUAUGAGAUAUUUACAUCGUUUUGGUGCUAAAUGUGUUGCUGUUGGUGAAUCUGAGGGGAGUAUAUGGAAUCCAGAUGGUAUUGACCCAAAGGAACUGGAAGACUUCAAAUUGCAACAUGGAUCCAUUAUGGGCUUCCCCAAGGCAAAGCCCUAUGAAGGAAGCAUCUUGGAAGCUGACUGCGACAUACUCAUCCCCGCUGCCAGCGAGAAGCAGUUGACCAAAUCCAAUGCACCCAGAGUGAAAGCCAAGAUCAUUGCUGAAGGUGCCAAUGGGCCAACAACUCCAGAAGCCGAUAAGAUCUUCCUGGAGAGGAACAUUAUGGUUAUUCCAGAUCUCUACUUGAAUGCUGGAGGAGUGACAGUAUCUUACUUUGAGUGGCUGAAGAAUCUAAAUCAUGUCAGCUAUGGCCGUUUGACCUUCAAAUAUGAAAGGGAUUCUAAUUACCACUUGCUGAUGUCCGUUCAAGAGAGUUUAGAAAGAAAAUUUGGAAAGCACGGUGGAACUAUUCCCAUCGUGCCCACAGCAGAGUUCCAAGACAGGAUAUCGGGUGCCUCUGAGAAAGACAUCGUGCACUCUGGCUUGGCGUACACAAUGGAGCGUUCCGCCAGGCAAAUUAUGCGCACAGCCAUGAAGUAUAAUCUGGGAUUGGACCUGAGAACAGCUGCCUAUGUCAAUGCCAUUGAGAAAGUCUUCAGAGUGUACAAUGAAGCUGGUGUGACCUUCACAUAGGUGGAUCGUGGCUGACUUCUCACUACCCUCUUCCCCUGUAACUUCUGCAGACCUAUCACAAGUUUACAUGUAACCACAAAAAUCCCUUUCUCUCCUGACUCAUUAGAUAAUGGACACCAUUCUCAACAGGUCAAACCAAAUCAGCCCCUUAGAAGAAAGAAAUUAAGGGUAGGGGAUCAUGUACAAUCUGAUGAGUGUGAAAGUAGAUACCACCUACAGAGAGCCAUUUUAGGUGUUUUGCCUUUAAAUAAAAAUUCUCACUCUGGCUUUUCCCAAUACAGUGCUGUCGCCGGGGAAGGCAUGGUCAAGAGCAGUCGCUUCUUUUGCUCUGGACAAGUCUGGGACAUGCUGUAACUUUAACACAUUUAAGAAGUAGGUGUGUGGCAUUUUCAGAAGUCGGCAUGGUCCUCAAGUGAGUUAUUGGUAUUUUACAUCAGCAAAAUAACUCAAUUUUACAGAUCGCAAAUAAAAAUAAAAGCUAUUUCUGUUUAUGCAUUUUAUUAUUUUAGAAUAAAAUAAGUACAUGCUGCUGUAAUAAAAUUGCCUUUAAUCACUUAACAAGUCUAACCUUGACUCAAGCAGUGAAUGCCUGUAAACAUAAUAAAUGAAAAAAGCUAGUAUUUUUAUAUCAUAAAACACUAUCAUUUAUAGUUGUCAGUCAUAUAUUGUCAUCCAACAAAAACAAAAAGCCCUAUGAAGAAUUAAGUUAUCUUCAUACCUGCAAGUGAUGGAGGCUAUUUUUGUUAAGACUGUCAGAAUUUGCUAACUAUAAUUAUGACACAUAGUCCAAAGAAUGCAGUAACCUCCUUACCAUGCUAAUUGACUGUUCUCUUUUGAAGAUCUAUUGUGUUGACUAAUUGAACAGUAAUUCAAGUAGAAUGUCCCAGGAAGAGAAAAAAAACCACUUAGGCUCCCAGUUUGGAGUCUGGCUGGCUCUGAGCGAUGCCAGUGGCCCCUUCCGCCUGACCUGCGUCCCUCCUUCUAGAGGCUUUGCAUUCCGCACCCAGCUGUGUUAACAUGGGGCUGAACACAGCCUUGGGUUGAGUGUUCUGUUUGGGAGCUAUCUGGCCAGGGCCUUUUGAACAGUAGCGUCCCAAUGAAGUGCUAGAUACUGUAUGUGUAAGAAUGAGCUUGUUUUGUUUUUUUUUUUUUAACUAUAAUGCCCUUUCAGAAAUUUCUAACUACUUUGUAACUGCAUGACUUAACCUGGUGAUAAAAGCAGUUAUUAAAAGCCUACCUUUUCCAAAAC